AUGUCUCAUGCAACGGCCCACACGACGGCUUCAGGGUUCUUGCUCCCAUCCAUCCACUCAGCCCCGCCGUUUUUCACACGCCAGCCGAACCCAGCGACACAAAAGACGGCCACACAAGACUGGGAGCGCCUCAUCCUCACCUACGCCCGCCACCGGAACCUCUUCGUCCUUCGCGUCGAGGACGCGGACGCGCCCGAGGGCUCGCCCUGGGACGAGAUCCUCCGCAACCCGCGCAUCAACCGCCGGAUGCGCCCCGCCCACCUCGCCGCGAUCCUCGCCGACAUGGUCGCCGCCGGCCAGGCGAUCUACGACCCGCCCGGGCAGACGCACGCCGCGCUCCUCUGCUGGCGCACGCCCGAGGAGUGGGCCCAGAUCCUCCACGACUGGGCGACCGCGACCGGCCACCUGAACACGAUCAUGACCCUCUUCGAGAUCGUCGAGCCCGAGGUGCCCUCCGCGCUCGCCGGGCUCCCGCUCCCGCUCCUCCACCGCGCGAUCGCCGUGCUCGCGCGCGCCGGCCGCGCGCAGACGAUCGCCGCCGCCGACGGGGAGGGCGUCCGCUUUCUCCAGGGCGCGCCGGGGCGUUGA